UUUCCCUCAAAAAACUUUGAAAUGUUUUCAUUUUUUUCUUUCAGAAAGGGAUUAAUUAUAGCGGGAUAAUAGUGUGUGAAUACGUAGAUAUUUUUUUCAUAACUUUACAAGCAUAGGAAAUAUAAUUAAUUUCGUGACAGUGAAACAUUUGAAAAAUCUAGGGAUAAUGUCGUAUUCGAAAUGUGAAACUCGCGUGCGCGCAACUCCCACGUCUCUCAAUUUGCCACUUUUCUUAACGGGAAGAACGCGUUUUAAAGAUGACCAAAUGAGGAAGGUGUCGAAUUAUAUAACCAAGAAGAAACAGUUUUUUUCAAAUCGCUGCAAUAACGAAAAAGAUGUUAAAACUCGCGCUGUACUGGAUUUAAGGAAUUCAGUUGCUGUUAAACCAACGCCAACGGAAGCUUGCUCCGAUUUACAUAUAACGAAGCUAACACGAAUUCUAAAGGAAGACAAACCUUGGUACUUACCACCAAAUUUAUACAACACAACAAAAGUACCGUUUGCUGAACGUCGUGGCUACCUCGGUGCUUACUGGCCCAAGACUCGUGAGGCCGUAGGGAAAUUUAUGGAACAAGAAACGCCAGAGUCAGUACGAUCACAAGCUUUGAAGAAAGAACACUGGCAAUUCUAUGAAAAACCAGAUAACGUUGAAUUGCUUUUUGCUCCGGCAAACAAGCACAAGGGAGUAUUCUUGACGAAUGCUCGAAACAGGCGUGCUACUGCGCGCAGCAUGAUCAGUAAUCCGUCGGCUGUCUACCGUAGUCCUUCAGAACCCUCAGCAGCAACUUAUUUUCCGCAACAGCACGAGCUGCUGUAUAAUGUAUCACCGCCUACAUUAGAGCCAAAACCAAAUCCACAUUUAUUUCUGCCACACACUUCAGUGGCCGACAAGGGGUCGACUUUAAUACCACGGCACACAAGCUUCCGGCCCGCCGUCGGACGUUAUGAGACGCGCUUCGCUAAGAUCUGUGGCUGUGGUGGCAAGAUAUUAGCACCCGACUUGCAGCUGAUGGUGGAGCGUGAGAAACGCUUUAAAUUUCGUCGUUUGCCAUAUAAAAAAAUUGACACGCAUAAAUACUGCUCACCCGACUGGUCGCAUGUCGAGGGUCGCGGCUUUCGUCGACUGUUUCGUACACCGACAGGCAAACCGAUAACUCUAAGUAAAACGAUAGCCAAAGAAAAGUCGAAAGAGAAAAGUAAAGAUAAACAAGAUAAACUCAUCAAACAAUUAACCCUCUAUGCAGAUUCUAAGUAUAUAAAUAUGAUUAAUGCACCACAAAAAGAACCCAUAUCGAUACAUUCGGGGGGUAUAGCAAGUAAGCCCGUCGGAAUUCAUUUCAAUUGUAUGACUAAGCGCAAAGUACGCCGUCAACUGCGUAUUAAUAAGAAGAUUGUCUUCAAUAGCGGUAGUGAUCGCUUUCCGGAACUUGAUAUCCGACCAGUGCAAUUGACUGCAAGAAAAUUGGAAGAUUUGAAAAACUCCUUACCACGCGAACGCCAACUUCGCGACCAUCCGGUCAUGCGUAAGUCUAUCGGACAAAUUAAAUCUAAACUUUACGCUACGCCAGCUCACAUGAGGCCUGCUUAUGAGCCGAAUUUACGUAAAAGGGAUUUCAAAUUCAGGCCACUGCCUGAACCCAAGGUGCUUAUCACGGAGAAGCAGUUGCGGCCCAGUGAUCCGGAAUUGGAAUUCUUCUUUAAUAAGCCGAUCCGUCCCGAAGACUUUAUGAAAACAGGUAUUAUGUCUGAGUCAAAGCAUAGCAUGCAUGAGGGCGAGCCUGUCAAGUUAGAGGAUAAUAUUCCCAAAGUUGAAGUAGCAUAGGUAUCAUUAAUAAAAAAUAUAUACUUGUGAAUAGUAGUAAAUGGUGAUAUUAUUUAUGCGCAAAAUAAAGGAAAUUUCAGUAAUUUUUAAAA